AUGAUAGGACUAUUUUCUUUGGGAGUGGCUGUAACUGGUGCUGCGAGUUUCGCAGUUCUCAACAAAUCAUCUCGACAAUCAUCGACAUUACCACUUUCCGAGGCCCCAAAAAUACAUCACGACACCUCGGCAGCAAACAUUAAAGCAGCCUGUCAAGAGUUUGAGCGGAUCAUUGGGAAAGACCACAUCUCGAGCGAAAGAACUGAUCUCGUCACUCAUUCUGGCUCAGAUUAUCAGUCAUACGCCUGGACUGAGGAAAAUGCCAUCCUUUCAAAUGUCAUCCUCUAUCCAGAAACGACAGAACAAGUCUCACAGAUCGUCAAAGUCUGCUUUCGUCGCCGUUUACCAGUGACGCCAUACUCUGGCGGUACAUCAAUCGAGGGCCAAUACAUUCCCCAAUUCCAAGGCGUCUGCAUCGACUUUACCCGCAUGAACCACAUCAAGGAGAUAAAUCCUGUUGAUCUCGACUGCACAGUCCAGCCUGGAAUCGGUUGGGUGGAUCUGAACGACGAGUUGGCGUCACAUGGUCUUUUCUUCCCGCCAGACCCAGGUCCUGGCGCCAUGAUAGGAGGAAUGGUUGGAACUGGCUGCUCAGGGACAAACGCAGCUGCGUAUGGAACCAUGAAAGAUUGGGUCCUAUCGCUCACGGUGGUUCUUGCCGAUGGGACCAUUAUCCAGACGCGGCAGCGAGCAAGGAAGUCCAGCGCGGGUUACGACCUAACGAGGGUAUUUGUUGGGAGUGAGGGAACUUUGGGACUGGUCACCGAAGCCACUUUGAAACUGGCAGUGAAGCCUCCGCACGAAGUCGUGGCUGUCUGCACAUUUCCCACACUGCGUGCCGCAGCAUCUGCGGUACGUGAAGUGGCCUCAAGUGGUAUCCAAGUGGCGGCAGUCGAGAUUCUCGACGAAGUCCAGAUGAGGAACAUCAACUUGGCUGCUCUGACACGACUUAAGUGGAAAGAAGAGCCCACGCUGUUCUUCAAAUUCGCCGGCAGUGAUGACUUCAUCGUCAAGCAUAUCGCCAAAAAGGUUGGAGAGAUAACCAAGAGAAACGGCAGUUCGACGUACACCUUUGCCUCUGACGAAGGCGAGCGAAAUGAGUUGUGGUCUGCAAGAAAAGCUGCUUUGUGGAGUAUGCUUGCCCAGCGUCAAUCGCCAACAGACAAAGUCUGGACAACAGAUGUUGCUGUUCCAUUAAGCAGACUCCCGGAUAUCAUCGAGCUUGCCAAGGCCGACAUUGAAGAGUCUGGUCUUAUGGGUUCGAUCGUUGGACAUGUGGGAGAUGGAAACUUCCACACAUUGCUCUUGUUCCCAGAGGAGAAGAGGCCCAUUGCUGAAGCGGUUGUGCACAGGAUGGUAGAUAUGGCGAUCGAGAUGAAGGGUACUGCAACUGGCGAGCAUGGAAUCGGUCUUGUCAAGAGAGACUAUUUGGAGAAGGAGCUUGGGAAAGAGACGGUGGACACCAUGAGGGCUAUGAAGAGCGCCUUCGACCCAAUGUGUAUUCUGAACUGCGACAAGGUCAUCCGUAUGAAGCCAGUAGAGGAACAAUAG